AGACUCUUGGCUCCCUACUCAAAUCAUUCUUUUCUCCUCAAAGCUAGUUCCUACAACCCUUGUCUCUACUGUUAUGAAAGAACAGAUUCAGCAAUUGUAGAUGUGUUGUCUCCAGGGCUCUCGCUAGCCCUUUUUCACUUUCUAACUAAUCCUACGGGCCCUUCGAGCAACCCUCUGUUAGAAACUGAGUCGCCUACCAUUGAUUUCAAAGGGCACGCCUACUAUGCGACUUCGUAGAAGGGCACAACUUCUCUCUACGGCAGAAAGGGAAACUAACCUGAACCUUGGUGAACCGAACCUAUCUGCGAGAUAAACCUGGUGCACAUGGUCAUAAUUGGGGACAUGAGCAAAAUAGGAGACAGUUAAGAGAACGUUAUGCUGUAGGGUGCUAACGCGAUAUUGUGACAACGUUUGGCAGAGAACGUUCUCGCAUGGUUCAUUGAACUAGCAUUAGGUCUUGCCCUUGUUGUACCAUGUCCAAUCUUGAUU